CUCGAAAGAGGUAUUAUUUUGCUUUCAAUACAAAUAAUGGUACUGAUUUUUGCUCAUCAAAUUGUUUCGCUGUACCAUCCAAUUUUGAUUUUGAAGGUGGUGUUUAUAGAUGUCCGAAUUCUCUUAUUCCAUGUGAUUCAU